UGAAGCCUAAGGAGAGUAGACACAAACUAGUAGACAGCAUUAGCAAAGGUCUCUUGACAUCUUGAGACACUUAUUAGAAAGGUCACCUUCAUUAGAGCAAUCUUCACCUUGAACUAAGCACAUCAACUCAAAUGGCAUCAUAAAAAGGAGGAGGUGGACAGCGCAAGAGAAAGCAUUCAUUUUCAGAAAGCCGGAGUACAGACUUCCAUCACACAAUGGCUGCAAUGGCUACAAUGGCUGCUGUGACUGCAGUGAUAAAUGACUCUACAGGAGCAGACAACAGAUCCUCAAACUGUCCUAACACCCAGAACUUGUUGGUUAGGGUUCUGCCUCCAGUUCUGAUCAUAGAGAUGCUAGUGGGCCUGCCUGGCAAUCUGAUAGCUUUGUGGAUCUUCAUUUGCCGUCUGAAGGUCUGGAGGCCCAAUACACUGUUCCUGUUCAACCUGGUCCUGGCAGACUUCCUGCUUCUCAUCAGUGUGCCUUUCCGCAUCGACAACCAUAUCCGUAGUGAAAACUGGGUCUUUGGUGACACCUGGUGUCGCAUCAACCUCUUCAUGCUAGCAGUCAACCGCUCAGGUAGCAUCGCCUUCAUGACAGCCGUAGCGAUGGAUCGCUACUUUAAGGUGGUUCACCCACACCAACGCAUCAACCAUAUGACAUCCACUCAGGCAAAGUGGGUGGCGGUGGGGAUCUGGAUAGUUGUGAUCUCCCUCAGAAUCCCACUGCUGGCCACUAAACUGCUCUAUAAGUACCAAGACCAAUUCCUGUGUCGGAGCUUCAACCCCCACGAGGCUAUUCCUCCAGCAAUCAUCGUGCACUACGUGGUGUACAUCGGGGAGUUUGUCUUCCCCUUGCUGCUCCUGCUUUUCUGCUCGGCCAGGAUUGCCUGGAUCCUCCGUCAACGCCAGCUGGACCGGAAGAAGAAGGUGCGAAGGGCUGUGCACGUGGUGCUUGUGAUAGUACUCGUAUUUGUCAUCUGCUUCAUGCCGGGAAUCGCCACAGGACUGGCGGGGAUGGCUGUAAGGGCGGUCAGUGCUGACUGUGCAACCAAACAAUUGACUGCUGAGGUUUUUAUGUUAUGUAUUGGGUUCACCUACAUGAACAGUGCCCUGGACCCUAUCAUUUACUGCUUCUCAAGCUCCAUGUUCCGCAACAGCCUGAGGAGCUCUAUCAACCGCCUGGGCCUGGUGGAUAUGAGGCUGAGCCGAAGAGGCAGCGUGAUCAGCAAUGGGUGAGGGGAAUUUAGGACCGGAGACAACAGAGAGGGAAUCCAUCUGAUUGGGACUAACAAGGAGAGCAGGCGUUGUGACAACUGUGCAACAGGUUUUUUUUUUACUAGGAAACGUACUCCAUAGGGCAGAUUUUCUAUGUACAUGAAGCUUGGGUCUUCGUGAGGUCAAGAGGUCAUACAGUGAGGACCCUCACUGAGCGAGUAUAGACAUGGAACGCACCCGGUCCAGACUCUUAGGAGACAGUAAGAAGUAAACAUGCACAAAUAGGGCUUAUAUGAGUUAAGAUAUAUUCACCUGUUUGUCUGUUCUACUGUAUCAAUGUACUGAUCACUGAGACCCUGUAAGGAGCAAUUCUGUGCAUUUUAUGUUUGAACACCUUCAAGAAAAGGCCCAAGACGCACUUGUUCCGGGAGUACAACGGCACUUAGGAAUGCUUGGCUGGA